GGCGCAGGCGCGGCCGGCGCACGGCGGUUCGCGGGCGCCGCGCUCGUCGACGCGGCGGCGGGAUUCGUCGUGCUUCAUGCCGACGGCUUGUUCGGCCAGAUCACCGGCGUGGCGCCCUCCGCCGCGGCGGGCGCGGCUCUGUGGGACCUCAUCGGCGGGGACGGCGUGGCCGAGCCGGCCGCGGCCGCGGCGCGCGAGGGGCGGGCGUUCGAGGCCAGCGCUUGCCUGCACAGGAUGGGUGCGUCCAUGCACCUCAAGCUCAGCUGCGAGCCCGCCUGCCCCGCCGCGGCGGCGCCACCGGCGGCACAACCGGCGCCGGCGGCGGUGCAGGGCAGCGGCCUCGGGGGCGUGCUGUUGUACCUCGUGCACGUCGACUUUCUUGGCGCCUCGGACGCCGCAAUGUGGUUGCCCUGCGGGGCCCCGCGGCGAUUCAGGCUGCUGGACGAGGAUGGACAGUAG